GCGCCCCGCGACGAGAACGCGGAGCGGGCGACCUUCAAAAACCCCAAAGCGACCUCCACCGUCGUUCGCAUGGCGUUCGGCGAGCUGGAACCCACCGCCUCCGUCCCGGCCGCGCGGAAGCCCCUCGCGGAGACCCUCGGCGCCAUCGCGCAGACCCUCUGGGGCUUGAGAAGGGGCGCGGUCAUGCUCGCGUUCGCGCUCGGCCUCGCGCUCGUGGACGCGGGUCCCGCGCUCGCGGGCCGUGGCGGACGCUCCGGCGGGCGCAUGGGAGGGUCCAGCUUCCGAUCCACCUCCGCGAGAUCCAUGGGAGGCGGCGGGAUGGGCGGGUUGGGCGGGGGCUCGAGGGCCGGCUCGAUGGGCGCGGGUGCCGCGGGCGCGGGAGCCGCGGGCGCUCAGCGUCAGCCGAUGGGUAUGGGCGGUCCCAGGUUCCUGUUCAUGCCGUCCUUCGGCCCCUUCGGCUACGGCAUGGGCAUGGGCUACGGCGCGGGCCCGAUGUACGUCGCGGGUUCGGUGCUGCGGCUGCUGCUCAACGUGUGGCUCAUGUUCAUGGUCUAUCAGUUCCUCUUCGGCGGGCGAAGGAACGGGAACGGCGGCGACGCGGCGUACUGAGCGACGCGGCGUACUGAGCGACGCGGCGUACUGAGCGACGCGAAGCCGAUGGCGGUGAUCCGUCGUCGUCGCGACAAAAAACGCGACGCGAGGGUGCUUUUGCACGGUUUGGCAGUUUGGGCGGUUUGCAUGUCCGAUCUAUCCGAGGUCGAGAGCAGCUGCGUUUCCGUUUUUGGCACCUCCGAAGACGCGAUCCGAGUCAGCGAGUCCAUUUUGGACCUUCGUACAUGAUUCGCAGUCUGUAAAUUUUGCAAAAUCAAGAAAAUAGCUUCACGC